AUGGCCGCCCCUAUUAUCAUGUUCAGUAAACAAAAUAAAGAAAUCUGUUUCACAGAAGAUCUGGUGUCCAGUAGAGUCAUUGUAGAUAAUAACACAUCACAGUUUGUACUCAAUGAAACAGCAGAAGUUCAGGUUUUUCUCAAGCCAGUAGGAGAAAUAUAUGAUAAUGACACUGUUGGAUUUGUUCUGUACCAGAAUGAUAACUUAUUCCCAUCUAAACAUGAAAAAAAAUUGGGGUUUCGAAAGAAGAUAAUUUCCGCCAGUAUUUCUAGAGCACGUGCAAAUGUUGAAUUCAGCUUCAAUCAUCAGUUUGAUCCAUCAUAUACUCUGGUUCAAUAUGCUUGCGUUUUCUGGGACUAUGAAUGGAACGAAUGGAAUACAACCGGCUGCCAGAAGAAAAUUUCAAACCAGAUGUCACCAAAUGAGACCUCUUCUAAUUCCAUCAUAUCAUUACAGUGCACCUGUCAUCAUACAACUAACUUUGCUGUUUUAAUGAAAUUUAAAGAAAACAUAAAUUUUGCUUCCUUGAACAUUGUGUCUGUGAUUGGUUGUGCGCUUUCUGUGACUGGACUAAGCAUAACUGUUAUAUUUUUAUUCUAUGCCAGGAAGAAAAAGUCAAUUUCAUGGAUUCUGAUAAGUUUCUGCUCAUCUUUGCUGAUCUUCUACAUCCUCUUUAUUGUUGCAAUGGAGACAUCAGAAUACACAGUUGUCUCUGCAAAUCCAAACCAGGAUUCUUCAGAAAACAGCUUUUUUUGGAGUGACCUAGAGAAGGUCUGCUGGCUUCUUGCUGAAAAUAAAGAAAAGCAGUUUGAUAUUUCAAAGCCAAUGCUAUGGUCUUUUCUCCUGCCUGUUGGCCUCAUCCUUAUAGCGAAUAUAUGCAUUGUGAUAGGAGUUGUGUUAACAAUUUGGAAAAACAAGCCAGAACUAACAAGAACAAAAAGAAUUUCCUUUUUAAAGAAGAUAUUGGCCACAUUCUCUGUCGUGUCUCUACUGGGAAUCACCUGGGUAGCUGGCUAUUUGAUGCUCAUAGAGACUGAUGACAAUACUUAUUUAAUUUUCAGCUUCAUAUUUUGCUUAUGCUGCUCAACUCAGGGUGUUCAAAUCUUUAUAUUUUACACUCUGAGAUCUCCCAUAUUCGUGAAGCUAGUGCUUAUUGUUAUUCGCAAGUUUAAGUUAUGCAAGAUAUACAUGCAUUCUCAGAAGUAUUGGGUCACCACCAAGAUUCGAGAACGGACAACUAGAAGAUAUCAUGAAAGAUUUAGAAACCUGUCAGACUCGCAUGCUGAUUUAUGUUCUGAUGACACUGAGAGCAAAGAAUAA